CGUUGCAGCGCAGACUGAAGCCUGGUUGAAGCAGUCCAGCUAGAGGCCAUAUUGGAACCUAUGAAGUCGGCUUGCACUUUGAUGGAACGGAGUGUCUGCCGUUUUGGGAGUCUCUAAAUCGCUGUCCCGGAAUUACACCCGAGUGAUUGCGUCCGGCAUUCCACCUGAGACCCUGCCAAGUCUAGACGGCAAGUUGUCUCGCUGCUUUUGUGGGAAAAAAAUGAGCCCAACCGAUGCUAAACGAGGGGCUAAACGCAGGAAGAACAAGCGGGGCGGUGGCAGUAGCUGCAGUGCUGUCUGCAACACCAGCAGUGGCAAGGCCGGGGCUGCCUCGGCCCUGGGCUGUGCGGGAACAGCAACACCUGCCUCUGUCGUCAGCUUCCUAACACCUGGGAGCACAGGCAGCGGGACCUUGGGCUCCAUCACGGGCAUAAACGGAGAGGUCAAAGUGAACAACAGCAUAACACCCCAGUUUACAGAAGGACCAGUGAAUGCUGACUUCUCCGGAGUCCUUCAGACCCCAUUCACGUUCGGCCUGAACCAGCGGGCCCCCUACACGGCAGGCGAUCGCUGCCUCUUAUGCCGAUGUGAGCGAAAAGACGUUGCCGUACCUUCAGAGGCCGGGAUCUCAGGCCAGAACGGUACAUCACAGCCCAGCAAGACACCCAGUGCCCUCCAGCUGCCUCUGUGGGUGUGCUCAGACUGCAGACGCACGGUGGAGAAAGAGGACCGACACACGGCUCUGGAACAGUCAUUUGGGAGCCAGGACUUCCUUUUACACAUGCCUGUGGGGAAUGGAAAUGUCGGCCAGGAGGCAGCCACGGGGGAUAGACUGACCACUGCUGUGCCUACAUUACCCAUGCUCCCUGCUCCAGACCUCACCGCACCAAUGCCUGCUGACACCGUGUGCAGCUGUGAAGCCUGCAAUGAGAGACGGGAGAUUUCUGCUGAGUCGGAGAGGGAGUCCCAGCAGCUGCAAAAUCACUGGUCAGAGGUUCGCUACCUGGUGCGCUGCAUCUACCGUCAGACAGGCACUCCGUUAGCAGAUGACCACGACCAGCCUCUGGAGAGAGACAAGGACGGCAUGAAGGAGCUGGUGGACAGACUCUGUGAGAAGGACCCCUACCAGCUAUAUCAACGGUUGGAGCAGCAGGCUCGCGAAUACGUCUUGGAAAUGAAGGUGCGGCUACUGAAGCACCUUUCAACAGGUCCCAAGACAGCGGGUCCUGCGUGUAACGUCGCUGCAGUCCAGGGCCCUCCUCAGGCCUACCAGUUCAUCUCGCUGCUGCUGGAGGAGUACAGGGCUCUCUGUCAAGCUGCACGCACCAUUAGCAGCUUCCUGCUCACCCUGGAGAAUGAGCACCUCCAGAAAUUCCAGGUGACGUGGGAGCUGCACAACAAGCACCUUUUUGAGAAUCUGGUGUUCUCUGAACCCAUCUUGCACAGCAGUUUGCCUGCACUGGUUGCACAGCUGAAUCUUUUCUGCGUCCUUCCUUCCAGACAUGGCACAGCCUCGCAUGAUUCAUACAAUGAAGACAUGUACAGGACCUUGUUAGAAAGCUACCAGCUGCUGCAGCAGGAGAUGGCUUCAGUGGCGGCUGAAUGGCAGGAGUGUGAGAAGAGGAUUGAUGACUACGUAGAUGAACAGCUGCUAUUGAAGGUGGAGGGUCAGAGUGUCACCAACCAAAGAACAGAGCCACACAAGUCCUUAAUUAGCAAAAAUACUUUGAAGACCAAGCAGCGAAUGCUGAAGGAGGACUGGGAGUUCUUUAAGCAGAGAAGGUUUAUAGAAGAACAGUUACCUAACAGCAAAAAGUCCCCCACCGGAGACAACAACUUCACAGACACUAUGAGAAUGCUCUCAUCUCGGCUGAGUAUUCCAGACUGUCCAAACUGCAAUUACAGAAGACGGUGCACAUGUGACGACUGUAGUCUCUCCCACAUCUUGACUUGUGGCAUCAUGGACUCUCCCAUCGCUGAGGACCUCCACAUCAAGCUGCCUCUGCAGGGUGAACCUCCCCGAGACUACCUGACAGAGGUUCACCCUCCCAGCCUCUCCUCCGGCAGCUCGGCAUCAGGCUCCAACUCCAGCUCUCCCAUCACCAUUCAGCAGCAUCCACGGCUCAUCCUGCCUGAAGGGGACACCAACACCUUUAUUAGUGAUGAUGAUGAAGUGCCUCCCUUGUCCAGUAAAUUCGGUGACAUCUACCCCAUGAGUGGUUACGAGGAAAACAGCGUUGUGACGGCUGCUGUGAACGGCCUCCAUAAUGACAUCAACGGGGAAGCUGAAAACGUGGCGCUUAAGGCAGGGUCUCCUCACAUCACCAGCAGCAGCAGCUCAUCAGAGGGUGACGAGGAGGAAGCAGACGGGGAAGUCUGUCAGGAGCCUCAAGGUCAUCAGGAGGAGCUUUCCUCUGCAAACACCAACAGUCCUCCACCGUCUUACAGCCACCAACAGGUAGAACAGCUCCAGCAUGCCUGCGAGUGCCACGUGUGCAACCAGGACCCUGGCUCCUCCACCCUGGGCCCCGCCACAUGCCUGCCCCCCAGUCCUCUCCACGCUGCACCUCCUCCCACGGUCGGACACCAGUUCUUCACAGACAGCAAGACUCCCCCCGCCCACCCCGCCCUUCACCUAUACCCCCACAUCCACGGUCACCUGCCCCUACACAACUUCUCGCGGCCCCUUCUGCACCCCACACUCUACCCCCCCAGUCCUCCUCUCACACACAACAAGCCUCUUCCCCCAAACCCAACAUCAAACCACUCAGCAGCCAAACAGCCGGCCUUCAGCCCUUCAUUACCCGAGCAUGUUUACCAGAACUGUUUUGGCGGUGCCGGUGGAGCAGGUGACUGGAACAGCUCACUGCAGUGCCUCUCGCUCAAGUUUGAGAACCUGUGGGAUGCUGCUGUGAUGAAGAGCUGGAAUCCAUCUGUGCUGCUGCCCGAAUCCCUGCCAGGUGACAUGCUUGGCCCGCCCCUCACUGAUGUGCCCCUCCCUCCCACAUCAUCGAUCGGCCCCCAAGGGGAACACCCCUCACUGCCCACCCCGCUACCCCCCUCCUCCAUCACCCCCUCAUCACUGUCAUCAUCUUCAUCGUCAUCAUCCUCGUCCUCAUGCUCCUCUUCGGAAGCGAAAGAGCAGAAGAAGAGUGGCGCCAAGAAGAAGUGUCUCUACAAUUUCCAGGAUGCCUUCAUGGAGACGAACCGAGUGGUGAUGGCCACCUCCGCCUCCACGUCCUCCGUGUCCUGCACUGCCACCACUGUCCAGUCAAGUAAUAACCCACCCAUCCACCUAGCAUCAAAAAGACCCAACUCUUUAGACGAUGUAUUUCACAAUCUAGGUAAAGAGGACCAUAGACAACCUGCUCCAGCACCCCCUAGAAGCUGCCCUUCAGGACUGACCCCCCUCCCUCCACUCUCGGGCCCCACCCUGCCCCCAGCACCCACUACACAACUUCCCACAAUGGGAUCCCAGCCCUUUCCAAAGAUGGCCGCUCCAGCUCCAGACUUCAUGGAGGCCCACCAGGGCCUGUGCCUCCCACCUGCAGAGCCUCCAACCUCCUCAGUAGAUGGUCCUGUCAGUGCUCCACCCAGUGUGUGCAGUGAUCCUGACUGUGAAGGCCAUCGCUGUGAGGGGAACGGGACGUACGAGCACCCGCCAUACGAUGGAGAGGAGAGUCAGGACGAGGACAGCUGCUCUGAGCACAGCUCCUCCACAUCCACAUCCACCAAUCAGAAAGAGGGAAAGUACUGUGACUGCUGCUACUGCGAGUUCUUUGGCCACGGCGGGCCUCCUGCUGCUCCUACCAGUCGAAACUAUGCAGAGAUGCGAGAGAAACUGCGCUUGCGUCUGACAAAACGUAAGGAGGAGCAGCCCAAACGUGAGGAGCAUCAGCCAGUAAUAGAGCGAGACACCGGGGUUGAGGACCACAGGCGGGUGGAGGACUUGUUGCAGUUUAUCAACAGUGCUGACAAUAAACCUGCCUCCAGUUCUAAGGCUGCCAAACGGGCCAGGCAUAAACAGAAGAAGAUGGAGGAGAAAGCUCGUCUGGAGUUAGAGGCUCGUGAAAGAGAGGAGCAGCAGUUAUUGGAAGAGCAACAACGGCGGCAGAGGCAGGAAGAGGAAGAGGCAGCGCUUCAAAAGGAACUGCUGCGGCUGCAGGAGCUGCAGCAACAUCGCGCCGCCAAGAAGAAAAAGAAAGAGAAAGCAAAGGAAAACACCGCUCCCCCUCAAAACAACCCACAGCCCCUCAAACAGACAGCUCAGAACGUCCUAGAUAACCUACAGAACGGAAAGUCACAGCUGCUUCAAACACUCAUCCGCCUCCCCGAUCCAAAGGACAUCAGAUUCAACCCCGUACCCCAGCCCAACACACUGCACAGCCCCAAACACACCAGUGAGAAGGGGUUUUCAUGUGAGACCAACAUCCCCAACUCUCCAGCUUUCCUCCACAACGGCACUUCUACAUCACAGCUUGAGGUUAACAAAGUUAAGACGAAGCAGUCCUCUAAAGUGACUCCCUGUGAGGCAUCUGUGAAGAAAGCCCCUGAGUUACCCAAAAGCUCUGAUGUGACAGCAAAGCUAGCUAAUGGCACCGCCCCCACCGCCUCAACAGACUCCAAAGCAAUGCGGGUCAGGCAGGCUGAGGCGCUGGCUCCUCUCCCAACCACUGAACCCAGGAGGGAGGACAGGAGUUAUAACAGGAGCACCAGUGGAAAGAGGCAACAGCCGCAACAACCCCUGACCCAAGUAAAGGAGGACAGGAGAAGUCCACCAGUGUCAAACCCUUCCCCGUCUCCCCCUCCAGCCCCUCAGUCUGAGCAAAGCCAGCAGAAUGGCAAACUUCCCAGUGCAGAGUCGCCACAGCCCAAAGGCAAGACCAAGAAGAACAAGAAGAAGAAAGGGGACAAAAUGAACAACUCAAUAGAUGAUGUAUUCUUGCCCAAAGACAUCGACCUGGACAGCACUGAAAUGGAUGAAACGGAGAGAGAGGUGGAAUAUUUCAAAAGGUUCUGCUUGGAUUCUGCUCGACAGACUCGCCAACGACUUUCCAUCAACUGGUCAAACUUUAGUCUGAAGAAAGCUACCUUUGCUGCACAUUGAGGAUGUUAGUGAGUGACUGUCAGGACACAAUCAGUACCUUAAACAGCUAUACCGACCACCACGGUCCCCACACCACCCACCCAUCCCUUUACCUCCACCCAGCUGUCGUCCUCCCAGACUUUUCUCCUGCUGUGCCCAAAUCACACCCUUGCUGCCUUGCUUCGUUCUCGUCUCUGUGUGGUUCCAACACAGACCCAUCUGGACUGAUCCACCUGCAGAACUUAAACUAAAAAUGAAAUGAAACGACACAAAAAGAAUCACAAAACUGCUACUUCACAUCUGAUUAAUUUUCCUUGCGUGCUUGUGUGCUUUUAGUCUGAGUUGGGCAUUUCUCUUGACUGAAAAGCCAUGGUCUGAAAUUAUUUUCUUAUAAUGGCUUACCUGUAGUCAAAAGAUGCUUACUAUGUCUGGAUGGUUUCCUAAAAAAAAGAGACUAAGGAAACUACAGAAAAAAAGAGAAAUGUAAUAAAUUAAAAGCUGUAUUUGAGAUAUUGUGGCUUAAUAUCCCAUCGUUUCCUGUUCCUCGCACGGCAUCUCAUCCACAUGAUUGACAAGGGAAUGGGCUUGGUCAGCUGGUCUCCACUCCCUGCUCCCAACCCCCCAUCACCACCACCUCCUCCACCCUAUUUCACAGAAAGGAGGAAAGCGUAAUACUUGACAAUGUUCUUUUUUGGUUUUUAAGUACUGUUUAACAAACUGUUGAGUAAAAGUGUACCAGUUACAGUUUUUGUUUUCUUUCUUUUUGACCUGUAGCCAGCUUGUAUCAGAAUACUUUCAGAAUGAAAUUGAAAAAGAACAAUACUCACACUAUCAAUCUGUUAUAGAGUGUAUAUUGUAUUAACACUGAAGCCAAACUGGCUACUUUUAACAUAUUGUUAAGUAAUAUUAAAUCUUGUCUUUCUUUUUUGAAAGAUGGAAUACAGUAGUAUGGCAGGA